AGGAUUUGCUUAGCCAGAUGAAUCCUCAGCUAGCUCAGAAGAUAGGUCAGGACACAUGCUGAAGCCAAAACAGCUAUGAUGCUCAGAAGUCUGUUCUUUCUGGUCCUCCUACUAUUCCACAGAGGAAGAGAUGUACAAGGGGAAGGAGGGAAGAAACGUCAGUGCAAAGAGGACGUUCAAGACAAGACAGCACAGGGAUGUGCUGAUUAUGAAAUUCUAAAUCACCUCAACCUCACCAGCGACAAAGUCAUGUACACCAUGGGUCGGCCAACCAGAAAUAAUAACCGCCCUCUUAUGGUGGUUAUUACACUAAUGCCUUUGGCCAUUUUGGAUGUGAGUGAGAUUGAUCAGACUUUUGUCACUCAUCUUGAAGUUAACAUGAAAUGGACCAAUGACUUUAUUAGUUGGUCUCCAGAUAACUUUUGUGGAAUUGACAAAGUUGUAAUUCCAAGUGACGCUUUGUGGAAGCCAUACAUAACCAUUACGGAGAUGACAGACAAGGAAAAAGCUCUUACAAGUCCCUUUCUCAAGAUUACUUUCAAUGGCACUACUGAAGUAAGCAUUAAUCAGGUGAUGAAGACUAUAUGCAAGAUGCGUGUGCACAAAUUUCCCUUCGAUACUCAAAGCUGCAAUAUCACAUUUAUGUCAAACUUGUAUGAUUGUAAGUAUAAACGUUUGAUUGCAUCUCUGCCCCCUAUGAGUAGCCAGUAUAUACUUUUCUUCUAA